AUGAUUUCCAGGCAGUAUGUGGCUUUGUUUCUCUGCUUUCUGCUCCUGAUCCCUCUUUCUCUGGAUGCAGUCUUUCUAAAGCAGGAGGAGGCAAGCAAAGUUUUGCAAAGACGAAGACGAGCCAACAGCUUCUUUGAAGAGAUAAAACUGGGGUCACUAGAGCGAGAAUGCAUAGAAGAAAGAUGUUCCUAUGAGGAAGCAAGAGAGAUUUAUGGUGACAUUGAAAGGACAGAAGAGUUCUGGCUCAUCUAUUCUGACCCCAACCAGUGUGCCUCCAACCCCUGUCAGAACGGCGGGAUUUGUGAUGACCAGUUCCAGGAUUAUGUUUGCCGCUGUCCCGUCGAAUACGAGGGCAAAAGCUGUGAAAAAGCUGUGGCUGACAAACUGAAGUGCAUUUUUGACAAUGGUGGCUGUGAACAGUACUGUACUGACAAGCAGUCCAAAAUACGACUGUGCUUCUGUGAUGAUGAUUACACUUUAGCCAGUGAUGGCGUGUCCUGCAUCCCUCAAGUGAAAUACCCGUGUGGAAAAAUACCAGUGUUGGCAAAAAAAAAUUCAACUGUACACGGGAGAAUAGUAGGUGGUUUCAUCUGUCCUCCAGGUGAAUGUCCAUGGCAAGCCCUGAUAAUACAGGAUCAGAGAGAAAAGUGUGGUGGCACCCUGCUUUCCCCAGGGUGGGUGGUCACUGCAGCACACUGUUUGGAGCAUACUCACCCUAAACAGCUUCGGGUGAGACUGGGUGAACACAAAAUAAAUGUUGAUGAGAAAACUGAGCAAGAAAGUGGAGUCGCCAGGAUGAUCAUUCACGAAGAAUACAGGAAUGGACACGUCAAUAAUGAUAUUGCCCUCUUGAAACUGGAAACACCCGUGAAUCUCACGGACUAUGUGGUGCCAAUAUGUUUGCCUGAGAAAAGGUUUGCUGUGUAUGAACUGUCCACCAUCAAGUUCUCCACAGUAAGUGGAUGGGGACGCCUAAUAGAUGGAGGUGCCACCUCUUCUGUUCUGAUGAGAGUUGAUUUGCCACGUGUAAAGACACAAGAAUGUGAAAAGGAGACCGACUUAAAUAUCACAGAGAAUAUGUUCUGUGCAGGAGACCUGUCUGGGGUUAAGGACUCCUGCAAGGGAGACAGUGGCGGUCCUCAUGCUACACGGUACAAGAACACUUGGUUUCUGACUGGGAUUGUCAGCUGGGGAAAGGGCUGUGCUGUUGAAGGCAGCUAUGGGGUUUACACAAGGGUAUCCAAAUACAUCGACUGGUUGAGGAAGCACAUGGACUAAUGAUGUUGAGCCACAGCAUUUCCAGGCCAUGUUAUUGCCCCCCAAUCCCUCUAUACCAUUUUCCCACGGAAGUAUUCCUUCAUUAUCUUAGAUAUUUGAUACAGGCUGUAGACACAACACUAUUAAGGAUUUGAAGUGAGCCUAAGGCCUGCUUGAAUACAUAAAAUAACUUCCCUCUCAGUGUUGUUUGUAAACUUGUGUAUCUUGUCAAGCAGGCAGAGGAUGACUGUAACAAAUCAGACACAAUGUCCCUCCUGUUCUGCAUCCAUUUCUGCUGAAGAUCAGAGCUAC